UAGCAAAGCCACGAGGCCCAGGAUGUGCCAAACUCCCCCCGAGAUCGUGCCCUAAAAAAAAAGUGAAAAGUGCAUUUACCCGCCGAUAAUUCCCCCAAAAAAUUGCAAACCCAAAAUCCUCCAGUGAAUAAAUCGAUCAACAAUUAAUAUCCUCUCCCCUUCGAUUAAAAUACUAAAAUUAACGAGAGAGUGAAGACUGAUUUCCAAACGAAUUAUUUACCGAAACGUGCAGUCGCCCCAAAAUAGAUGUAUUUCCCUGUAGGAGCCCAUGUACGUAAAGUUGAGUGAACUUUGACGAUAGAAGUACAUCGCACAGCUCCUCCUCAAUCCCCAGAGCUCAUUCGCCUCCGAAACACCGUAACGUCCCCAUAAACCUGGAAAAACCCCAAACAAUGUGAUACCAGGUCCCACGUGAUGAAAUUUGGGCCGAGGUUCAUGUCAAAUUGUCCAUAAAUUCAAAAAACCCCCUCGGGAUAGUUUAUUUGUGAUUCAACCGGAUGGCCAAGUUCCAAAAUCAUAAUGAAUGAACACAGAAUCGUGAUAUAUUAAACCUGACAAAACCUCAUGACUCAUUGUGAUCCCACCUCAAAAAUAAUGUUAUAAAAAACCAUUAAUUUCUCGAGGAUAGAAUUAAAAUCAAAGAAUUGGCAAAUGCCCAGUGUUCAAGUGCUAAUUUUCGGCUGCAAAAAUAAUUUCGCUGUUUGAGCAAUCGGUGUGAAAUAUGGUACGAGAAGAAGUCAUUGAGAAACUCAGAAGUUUCUGAUUAUCCGUUGACAUGUCAGUGUGAAAAUGGAAAAAGCAUUCCGAGAUGGCAUUACCACUGAGACACUUGAAUUCAAGGAUUUCUGAAGAACCCACUUCGUCUAGAUGAUGCUGAACUGACCUGAGAUGAUUGUCAACAGCUCCAAGAUGAUUCUGAACUGAUUAGCAACCAGUAACGCACCAAGAAUAGAUUGAAUUGCCAGACAACCCAGACAUGUCCUUCUGCAGGAUCACGGGGAGGAGCCGGGGCCUCCCCAAGCCAAACUAUUUUCCGUUGCUGCCACCAAUAAGUCCAGCUGAUGCUAAACGCUUUUGCCGAAUCACUGGUAAAUCCUAUGGUCUACCCACGCAUCACUACAUUCCGGUACUGCUGGGUGUGCACAGCAAUGAUAAAUCCAAAUGUAGAAUAACAAACAACUCUGGUCUUGGUCCACAUCACUACACAGCUGGUCUGAUACUGGGUGAGAAGAAGCGUCACGUCAUUGUCAAGGACUAUCGUUACGUAUUUCCAGUGCUGGAGGGUGAUGACGAGCAGCAGAAGGCCCUGAGGGAUCUCCUGGAGACGAAAAAACCGCCGGAAGACGAGGAGAAGCUGAAGUUCGUCUACACAGUUCAGGAGAGAAGAUGCAGCUUGGUAUUUCCAGCGAGUCUCGAAGCGGCUGUGCGAGACGGUGAUGUGAGUGAUGUCAUGCUAUCAAGAGACUGUGAUACAGUUCUGCUGAGGCUCAAGCAAGGACGCAACGUCUCAGUGGACUUCAAGGAGCUGGAUGACUUCGAUCAUCUGUAUGAGGGGCUCGGGCCUCACGAGGAGGUCAUGAAGGAGCGGGAGAGGCUGGACGCCGAGGGGCGGAAGCGGAAGAAGAGACGCGCCUCCAAGUUGAAUUACGCGAAGAAGGUCUUCGAGGAUAAGGAGAAAGCUGCGGACGAGGAGGAGUUCAAGAGGGCGAAGCAGCUCAAGUUGAGGAGUGUCAAGGACGACAGCAAGGAAGAGAGGAAUCACUGGAGGAAUGUUGACCUGAACCACGCGAGGUCUGGGGAGAGACAGCUGACGAUGGUCACUGAGACCCUGGAAAGCUUCGUCCAUCCCAUUACGAGGACUUGUAACUGGCGGGCUAUUGAGAGAAACGUCGGCAAGAUCGAUGGAACGCCAGUUGUCGAUCGACUACCGACUCCAGUUCAUGUCCCACCUUCAGUGAUUGACCUUGACAUGACGGAAGUCGGUGUUGUCACGUCGCCGAUAUCAGAGGAAACCGGUGGAUUGGAAGCUAUAUCUGUGAUUAAGCCGUUGACACCACUGACAGCUGAGCCAGAUCCAGGGAUUCAGCUGCUCCUGGCGAAGAUUCCUCCAGCUGAGCUGGAAGGAACUGCUGAUGUAAAAGAGAAGUUGUCGUCUGGGGAAACAGCUCUCCAGCAGCUGCCAACAGUCAAGGAGAUUCCAGACCUCGUGAGGAAGGUCCAGAAUGGUGUGAAGUGUGAGAUGCACCGGGUGACAGGUCUCAAGGUCGAUAUAAAAUCAGCUCAGCGAUUUGUCACUGGUCAGACUGUUGAAACUCCAGUGGGUCCUGUGUUCGUUCCUGGACAGACGUUGCAGACACCGCAGGGACCAGUUUUCGUUCCAGGAUUUACGGUUCACACGCCGGAGGGGCCGGUGUUGAUACCUGGACAAAUAGUUACGAUUCCUGAUGAUGGAAAGCAAACUCCAGUUUUCAUAGCUGGACAAACUCUGGAGACAAAGAGCGGAGAGAAGUUUGUUCAGGGGCAGACGAUUCAUACGAACGAAGGAGCUCGAUUCGUUCCGGGACAAACGGUGCUGACGGCGGAAGGUCCGAAAUUCGUCGCUGGACAAGUUCUGGAGAAUGUUUUUAUUCCUGGACAAACUGUUCUGACGGAGGACGGGGCUACUUUCAUACCUGGACAGACUAUCACAGAGCAAAAUCAUGAGCACAUAUUCGUUCCGGGACAAAGUGUGAGGAUAAAGGAUGAUUGGGAAUUUAUUCCUGGACAGUGUUUGGUAUCACCCACUGGAGAGCCAAUAUUCACUCCUGGAAGGACCAUGCAGACGUCGGAGGGAAUGCGAUUCGUCGCGGGACAGAAUGUCACGUCGAAAAAUGGAGAAGUCAAUUUCGUUCCUGGAAUGACCGUAAAAACAUCCGAAGGGGCUAUAUUCGUUCCUGGAACCGCUCUGGAGACUCCAGAGGGGCCGAAGUUUGUUCAGGGGAUGAUACUCAACACUAGUGAGGGAGAAAAAUUCAUCCCGGGGAGAACAAUCUAUGGAGCCGAUGGUUUUGAAUUCGCAGCAGCUAAGGAUAUCGAGGACAUAACGUUCCUGGAGUCUGGGCCCACUGGAAUUCCAGUGGAUCCGAAGACCGCGAGUGCCAUCUCCCUGCGUCACCAGCAGGAGGUCUUCGGACACAUGAUUCAGACCGAAAAUGGCGUGGAGUUCAUACCAAAAAGUUUGGAAAAAUCUCUAGAAGGUAAACGCAUUGUUCCAGGACAACUGGUGAGAGGCGACAAAGAUGGCCCCAGGUUUGUCCCUGGAGUGAUGACCGAAGAGGGCUUUGUACCCGGGCAGAUUGUACUUACUGAGAAGGGCGAGCAGUUUGUCCCUGGCCAAGUGGUGGAAACCAGUUCUGGACCGAAAUUCGUUCCUGGACGAAUGGUAAAUACUCGAAGUGGUCCAAAAUUCGUUCCUGGACAAACGGUGGAAACCGACGAGGGUCCGCGUUUCGUCCCUGGACAGAUUGUCCAGACAAAAGUUGGACCAACGUUCAUUCCAGGACAGGUGAUAUCGACUGAAGACGAGGGUUCCAGGUUCGUUCCAGGACAGGUUGUCGACACUCCAGAUGGCCCACGAUUUGUUCCAGGCUGUGUAGUCGAGUCUGGAACGCUCGGGGUGACCUUCGUGCCUGGACAAAUCGUGCAGACGGAAGAGGGUCCGAGGUUCGUAGCUCCGGAUCUGGCGGACACACCCGAGGGUGAAAUGGAGUUCUCAGUCCAGGGUUUCGAAGUCACCCCUGAAGAGCUUGGACUACUUCGACCUUCACGUUCCCACUGCAACGGUACAUCGGACCACAAUGGCGAACCCAGCAUCGAUGCCAGACUCCUGCGUCAACUCUCCGAAGCUGGAAUGUCGAUUGGACGAAAGAUAUCCCCUAACGUACCCAGUGUUGAUGUCGAUGUUGAUGCUCCAGUAGCUCUGGAGCACGCCUUGAUAAUCGCUGAGAAACUUGGUCUUCGUAAGGAUUCAGCUGUUAAAAUGGCGCAAGUAGUUUCCACGGUCUCCCAAUUGGCUCACAACAUCGUCCAGCAGCAUCAGCAUGGAGGCAAACUGCAUUUCGAAAACAUCUCCAACGGCCAGACACCGAUUCUCACCAAUGGACAGACCCAUCAUGAGGAGGACGUUGACUGGAUACACGAGACGAUCAAGACAGCGAUAGCUACCGCAGUCCUGGCGAUAACGGAGGAUAAAGACAAUCAGGAGAAUGGAGAAAGGAAUCCUGACAGCUACGUGCUGUCCUCCAUCAGCGAAGCUUUCAAUAUAGUCCUCCGUAAGAACUCCAGGACCAUUGAGGAGCCGCUGAAUGAGGUCUUGAAGAUUCUGCUGAUGCCUCAGAACAGGAAGAUCCUCUGUCAAAGGGCCAUCACCGAUCUUCUCCAGUCAAGCAGCAACAAGAUAGACAUUCUGAAGUCAACAGUGGUAGGACAAUCAUUGAAGGACCACGUGGUAUUGGAGAGACUGUCAGCAGUUCUAGAAGAGGAACAAGGAAAUGAACUGAUCGGUUCCGCUUUCCGAAAAGUCUCAGAGGGAAAUCCGGAGCUGGUGUCCAGCGUUUUGAAGAAGGUCUCGCAGGAAGUCUCAGCCCUCUCCACGGAGCGGGAAGCCGCGGAAACUGUUCACAAAGCGAUUGUCGAUGCCGUCAGGGAAUCCAGUGAACUUCAGGUCCAGAAGAUGCUGAGUGAUGAAGGAGUUCAUCUGCGAGAGCUCAUCCUCCAGGCAGUUGGUCUAGCUAGAGCUCUGGGCAUGUCAUCAACAGCGAGCAGUCUUCUGAAUGUCAUCAGCGAUGAGAAGUCCACGCAGGUCCUGGCUGGGGAUAAAGUCACUCUGGACAUCCUGAAGAGGUUGACUGUGAUGCGGAAACUCGCGGAGGCGCGUCCACCCUUUCUCACAGCCCUUCGCAAUCUCUGCAGCGAUCCGGAACUAGCGAGGACUGAUCCAAGGCUGCGGACACUUGUUCGUGAGAGUGCAGCACUGAUGAUUGUCCCUGAGGAUUUGCCACUGCAGUCGUCGAGUGACAUUCCCAUGGCACUUCUGAAUGCGGAGAACAGCCUCGCCAUCGAGGAUUUCUUCAUCAGGAGGAAUCAGAAACCUGAGACGAUAUUUAUGAUUCUCAAGAAGGGCCUGCAGACCGUCGUCCCCAGGGACGCGUCACGGGCAGUUCUGACUGGUCAGGUUGCUUAUACCGUUCUUGAUGAGAAUGGAAUAUCGCACUUUGAACCACUUCAUGUAUUUUCGGCACUGAAACUCAAUAAACCGUCGGCCCAUCGGUUCUCGAUGUACGCUAUUCCUGUUGCUGGGGAGGAGGAUUAUGAGGUGGAGACGAGCGUCACAGCUUCAAUCACCUCGACGACUGAUGCUGAGAGACUGCAGAAUGGGCAUUGCCGGGCUUCGAGGGAAUCCAGUGCUGGUGUUAAUCUUACGGACAGGACUCUGGAGAAUUCCAUGAGUAGGGAGAAUACGCCGAGUUUCAGGAGACGUAGUAGUGCGAAUACCGAAGGAUUUUGGGAGAAUGGGAAUCAGGAUAAUUUCGUAGUGGUGAAGGACUAUGUAUCGAAAGAGGACAGUAGCUUCUGUGUAGCUGUCGGUGACAUCGUCGAAGCUGUUGAAUUUCAAGACGACCUGACCAAGCGAGCUAGAAUGGAUCCCGAUCUAGAAAUUGGUGAGAUUGGCGCAUGUCUGGAUAGCUCUGCAGCUCGUCACAGAAUAUCGGUGAGACCGAAGAGAAGACAUAUCGAUUCACGAGCCAGAGGUGUUAUAAGAUCGAACUCCGAUUCUAAUAUCCAGAGAGCACUGGUACGGAAAACUGACGGAAAAGAAGGAUGGCUGCCAAUGUCAAUACUCAUGCAGACAGCUGUCAGCGAGGACAGUUCAACCCUGACGAGCCAACACCGCCCAGAGGAUUCUCGAUAUCGACGCGAAGCUGUAGUCAAAGAACUGGUCGAAACCGAGGAGGAGUUCGGCAAGGACCUCCAACAAGUCGUCGAGAGGUACCUGAAACCCCUGGAUAAUCCAGGAGUUCCCAGGGCCGUUCGGGAUAAUAAGGAAAUCAUCUUCACGAAUCUCAAACAAAUCGCUGAUUUCCAUAAUACAUCGUUCGGCAGGGUUUUAAUCGAGGGUGUCAAGUACUACGCGGACCAGCCGAGAAUGCUCGGGAAAACGUUCCUGAGACUGGAAAGAGAUUUCGAUAAACACGUGGCUUACUGUCGAGACGAACCCGCUGCGCAAGAAUUACUACAGACAAACAACGAGGUUCGAGAAUAUUUCGAGGAGCUGAGCCAGACCCUCGGAGACGAUAAAAGCGUUUCGGAACAUCUGAAGCUUCCGAUACAACGCAUUAACGACUACCAGCUCCUGCUUAAGGAGCUGGUUAAAUAUUCGACCCGACUAGGGGAAAAUUGCGACGACCUCCAGAAGGCCCUGGAGUUGAUGCUGGGAAUUCCCCAUCAAGCAACCGACAACAAGUUCAUCAGCAACAUCGAAGGAUUCAAGGGUAACAUUCACAAACUCGGUAGACUCCUCACACACGAGUGGUUCACGGUAACCGACAAGGACGGAAAGACCAAGGAGCGUUAUCUGUUCCUCUUCAAGGCCCGAAUACUCGUCUGCAAGGUCCGAAGAAUAUCCGAGGACCGUUCGGUUUUCGUUCUCAAGGACAUCAUCAGAUUGCCGGAGGUUGAGGUCAAGGAUUAUCCGGCUGAUCAGCGAUCCUUUGAACUCCACAAUCCUGAGCUGUCAGGAUAUCCGAUCACUCUCGUUGCUCACAAAGAUCAGGUGAAGAAGACGUGGCUGAAGGAGAUACGCCAGUACGCGAGUGAUCUUGUUGCACUUGCUGAGCAUGCGGCUGAUGAUCUCCAACUGACUGAAGAGAAAAAUACCGGCGACGAGGUCAAGGACACCGGGAUCAAUCCCCCUGCGACUGUCAAACCAGAAGGGAAGCUCAAGGUCGAGGGAAAAGGGCUGGGAAGAGCUGAGGAGGCGAGGACAGCUGAGAAGAGAGAGAGCGUUGUCAAGGUCGACGAUUCUGGUGUCAAGAAGGCGAGGACUGAAGACAGCGAGGAGAUGUCUGGACGAUACUCUGCCAGUCGCUUCAGCGCCUCUUCGAAGGUCGUCGAAGAGUAUUCGUCAGUAUCCAGCAGUAGAAAUGGCACAUCGUCGUACGUUGAAACGUCGAUGUCAGGAUCGCAGAGUGAAAGAAGAUCGUCGUCGUCAUUGUACGGUGCUGCGACAAUCCAGGAGUCAUCGAGCUCGUACCAUACGGCCGUCAGUGGAUCUUCUGGAGAUACGAGGAUCGCCAAACUGGCCCUGACUGCUACCGAAACUGGAAAACCAAAGUUCGUGAAGACAAUCGAGGGCAUCAGCGCUGAACCCAUCCGAGCGAAACAGGCUGUCAUGCACGUUAUAGCUGGCGAGUCGGCGACAUUCGAAUGUACCCUGGAGACCAGCGGUUCUGCCUCCAGACUUCACUGGCUGAAGGACAACAAGCCCCUGGAUGACAAACUCGCGGAUAGAAUCAACAUCACAUCGACCGAGAAUUCGUUCAAACUCAAGAUUCUGAAUGUCAUGGAGAGUGAUACAGGGAUUUACACAGCACGGGCUGCCAACGGUGAUGGGAAUGCCACCUGCACAGCCCAAUUAAUCGUUGAAAAUUUGACAGCUGACGAGAGGAAAGCCAAGGCCGAAGCUAAGGCACCUGUAUUCCUAGUGCGACUUAAGGAUACUGAACUCCUAGAAAACACGUACCUUCGGUUUAUGAUCAAGGUCAAGGGCGAUCCCAAUCCUGACGUGAAAUUCUUAAAAGACGGUGUUCCAAUUGAUUCAAAACAAGAAAGAAUAAAAAUUAUCACUGAAAAAGCCGACAAGGGUUUCUACGAGCUGGUAAUCCCCGACGUUCAGAAAACCGACGCAGGAAAAUACUCGUGCACAGCAACGAAUCAAUUCGGUGAAGCUUCCUGCGAGGCUGACGUAUCAGUAACCGACGAGAAGACCCUCUUCGCAGGGCUCCCCGAGGGGAUCUUCGAACCCGGUACCGAGCCUUCCUUCAAAUGGCUGCGAGAUGGGAAGCCCUUCGACCCCGAGGAGCGCUUCAAAGUCCUCUUCGAGGACAAGGAGGACACCCUGGCUCUAGUUUUCCAGCACGUGAAGCCAGAGGACGCUGGUUUGUACACCUGCGUGGCUCAAACCAGCACUGGAAAUAUCAGCUGCAGUGCUGAGUUGACAGUCCAGGGAAACGUCAAUCAGCUCUUGAAGGAACCAGCAAAACCGGUUCUUGGAAGUGAAUCCAAGAAGUCCGAGGUCAAUGUCGGUGGCUCUGCUAUGCUGGAUCUCCACGUCAAGGGAUUCCCGAAACCUCAGAUCACCUGGAGCAAAGAUGGAACGGAAAUUCUAGCUGGUGGAAGGAUAAAGUACCUCUGGGAGGAUGAGGAGUCCCUCUCACUCGUCAUCAAGAACGUGACGAGUGAUGACGGUGGAGUUUACACCAUCAAAGCGAAGAAUGAAUUGGGAGAGGACACGACGUACAUCGAGCUCAUCGUCAAGUCAGCCCCGAAGAUCGUGAAGAAGAUGACUGACAGCUUCGCUUACAUCGAAACCGACACGAAAAUGACAGUUCAGAUUCAGGCGUCACCAGCUCCAGACGUCACGUGGUACAAGGAUGGACAAGUGCUGAAGGAGUCUGACAGGAUUUCAUUUGUCAAAGAGGGAAGUGACAGCUACAGCCUGAUUAUCAAGGGAUGUAAGCUCACUGAUACCGGGUCGUACUCGGUGAUGGCGAAGAACGAGAUCAAUCAGACGUCUGAUGUCUGGAACUUCGACGUCAAGUGCCCACCGAAGAUCAAGAAGAAGCUGGGGGAGUCCAGGAUUAUUGAAGAGGGGGCUAGUCUGACUCUCCAGAUUGAAGUGGAGACCACACCUGAACCGAAAGUUGUUUGGCUGAAGGAUGAUGUUGUCAUCAAGGAAGACCGCAGGAUCACCAUUGUUGAUGAUGGAGAGACGAGGGUUUUGAAGAUCAACGAAUGCGUGGGAACUGAUGCCGGUGUUUAUAAGGCGAAAGUCAGUAAUAAAGAUGGAACGACAGUGGAUCAAGUUGGAGUUGAGGUAAAAUGUGCACCGAGCUUCAAGAAGAGUAUGACCGAUGUAAUCACCAAAGUUGGUGCGACCAGCGCCGAAUUCGUAGUUGAAGUUGCCGGCUACCCGCGACCAAAAGUCCAGUGGUACAUCAACAAAACUGAAAUCACCGAAAGUAAGAAGGAAUUCACGACGUCCUCCGAAGGUGACGUUCACAAACUCGUCAUCAAAGAUAUCAAGGAGGAGCGUUCUGGCUGUUAUACUUGCAAAUUAACGAACCAGUACGGUUCAGAGUCCAGCAGUGGACAGCUGAUUGUCUACUGCAAGCCGAAGAUUGUGAAAAAAUUGGUGGAUCAGAAGUUGAACGAGGGAGAGACUCUUAAAUUGGCUGUGGAAAUAUCGGGAACACCGGAUCCAGAUAUCAAGUGGUUCAAGGAUGGAAAAGAAGUGUCUGCAGACGCUAGAAUUAAAAUCACUAGGGACAGUCAGAGGAAGGAGAGUUAUGAUCUCACUUUGAACUUGUUGAAGGGGUCUGAUGGGGGUACCUAUGAAGUUAGAGCUGAAAAUGAGAUGGGAAGUGUCACUUGCAAGAGCAAAAUCAUCGUUUUGACCAAAUCGGAAGCAAAGGUUGAGGCAGUAGACGAAGAUGCAUCAAAGAAGAAAGCCCUUGAGGAAGAUAUUUCGGCAGAAAAACAACAAGCUGAAGGUCCAGAAGGGUGCGAGAAACUGGUGAAGAGGAGCAUCGAAAAGGUCAAGGGAAAGGAGGGUGAGACUAUAACAAUAUCAGUGGAAUCAACAACAGAGCAUGAAGCUACGAUGACAGGUCCUGAUGAGCGUCACACAAUCAGUAAAAUGAAAUCAACGAAAGUCGAGUGCCAGGAAAUUCACACUGAUGGACCGCUGGUAGAGGAGAUAGCGUCUUACAGCUACACAAUCCAAGAUGAUGACACUAGCCAGAAGCCUCAGAACGGAAUAUUGAUCGAGGAGUACUCAGAAGAGGACGACAAUAAGAAGAAGAAGAAGUUGUCGGUGAAUCGAGGGGUUUCGAUAGUUUCAGUAUCGGAUGACGAAUCGACCCUGAAAGCUCUCUCUAGAGACGUCAGUGGAGAGGAAAUUUACAACGCUGAAGCCUCCGAGGGCUUCAAGCGGAACGAAGUGAUCGAGGGACUGAUCCCCCAGGGGAAGACCAUCGAGGAAAAAGUCUUCGAAUACGAUGGGCCUCAUCACGCUGUGAGGUACAGCGAAACCAUCAUCGAGGAGACGUUCAUUGAUAGCUCGUCUCAAGAAGCUCCUGAAGAGGUUCUCGUGAAGACGAAGAGUCAGAGGGGAACGAGUGAAGAGAGUAAGUUAACGAGGCAGUCGUCGAAAAUUGAACGAGUUGAUGCUGUUGAAUCGAGGAAGGCGUCGAUAACAGACGUUCCUGGGAGGAGAAAUUCUCAAACAGCCAUCGUCGAGGAUGGGAAACUGUCUCGCCAGAGUUCCAGGAUGAGUCGAAUUGACUCCACGGAGUCGACGAAGGCCUCCAUCAGCGAGUUAUCGAGGGAGAAUUCCCAGACAGCUGUUCUUGAAGAGGGAAAGCUGUCGCGUCAGAACUCGAGGAUGAGUCGAACUGAUUCGACGGAGACGAAGAGGGGUUCGGUGACCGGGUCAAGGAGGAACUCGCAAAAGGUCGUUGAUGACGACGAUGAUCUGGAUGCUGAUGAGAAAACGAAGUCUCUUCUGGAGAGGAUCAAGAGACAGCGAAGUGUUCUAGAAGAAAUUAUCGAUCAAACGACGGAGAAAGCGGAUAAUGGCGAGAUCGGAGCUGCGCCAUCAAUCAUCAGCCACGACCUGGAGGAUCGAAUGAUCUACGAAACCCAGAGUACUGUCUUCACGAUAAAAGCAACCGGUCUCCCCCGGCCCGAUGCAAAAUGGUUCAAGGACGGGAAGCCCUUGAAGUCAGCUGACAAAGCUAAACCUGCUCAGGUGGGAGAGACCUACACCCUGACGAUCAACAAAGUUACCGAGAAAGAGAGUGGGAUAUACCAACUUGUCCUGACUAACAAACUUGGUUCGGCGAGUCUCGAUGCUUUCCUGGAAGUCGGCCCAGUGGGAGACCUCCGCAAGCCCAGAUUCUGCGACGGGGUCAAGGACGUCGACGUCGAGAUCAACACCGCAGGAACUCUUCAGGGAGUCCUAACAGCAGACCCCAUUCCAGAUAUCGUAUGGUUGCACGACGGGAAAGAAAUCCCAGAAGACGACAAGAAGUUCACGAGAAACGUAGCGACUCGAAAAGUUGAAGAUGGUCUUCAGCAAUGCACCUACUCCCUCAGCAUCGCCGACUGCCUCCCAACUGACGUUGGCAAAUACACUUUGAAAGCUACCAAUGCACACGGUGAGGACAGCUCGACAGCGGAUCUGGAGUUACUCGCACCACCGGAGAUUCUGGAAUUCAAAGAUCUGAAUGCAGCUGUGGAGGAGCUGUCUCGUUGGGAAGUCAUCAUCAAGUCCAACCCGAAGGCUGAGCUCUCCUGGGAGAGGGAAGGCGUUCUCCUUGAAGACGAAAGUCGUUUCGCCUCCGAAGAUGAUUACAAGAAUAAAAAAUAUCGUUUGGUCCUGAAGAACGUGGCAUAUGAAGACGCUGGAACCUACAAAGUCAUCGCUAAGAAUUACCUCGGCCAAGACAGCGCAGAGGCUCAACUCAUACCCUACACCGAGCCUCCGGAGUUCAUUCAGACCGUCUCCAACGCAUCUGUCCGUCACGAUGCUGCUAUGGAGUUGAAGGUCGAGGCUAAAGGUAUAGCCCGCCCUAAAAUCCAAUGGUUCAUCAACGGAGACGAGCUCACGAAUGACGGACGUCAUAUCAUCAAUACAAUCGUUGACGAUCACGUCUUCAGCACUUUGAAUAUCAUCAACUUUGAUGCCACCGACGAAGGGGAACUCGUCUGCCUGGCAACGAAUCUCGCUGGAAAAGCCAAGACCAAGUGCACACUCUCUAUGAUCCGAAUUCCCCCGACUUUCGACAAGUUGCUACCAAAAUCGAAGCAAAUCGAAGAAGGUCAACCUCUGGAAUUGAUCCUCGACAUAGACGGCAGUCCCUUCCCGAAGGUGACCUGGUUCAAGGACGGUGAGAAAAUCGUUCCCGAUGGCCACAUCAAGAUCGAAACCCAGCCGAAUGGCUCCACCAAGUUGACAAUUGACAAAUGUACACCAACAGACUGUGGAGCUUACAAACUCAUAGCUAAAAACAAUAAUGGAGAAAAUGCAUCUCAGUGUGCAGUGGCAGUGAAACCAGCCCUUCGGAAGCCCUCCUUCUCCAAACCUCUGGAGAACGUCCACAUCAUGGUAGGAGAGCCCUUGAAACUUCAAGCCCAAGUGGUUGCCUUCCCAACUCCAGAAGUCCAGUGGUUCAAGGACGGCUUACCACUGCGAAAAUCUCAAGACAUUGAGUUCAUCAACGAACCGAAUGGCAUCAUGGGACUGUCCAUCGAGACUACAAAGCCAGAAGAUGCCGGGGUGUACUCCCUCGUAGUCAAGAAUGAUCUUGGUGAAGUUACUGGAACAGCUGAUGUUGAGAUUGAAGCUAAAGAGAAGAAGCCAGGAUUCUUGACAACCCUUCAACCCUUGACUGUUGUCGAAGGAUUCCCAGCCAAACUAGAAGUGACAACAGUGGGUAAACCACCACCCACGUUAAAAUGGACGCACAACGGGGAGGAGAUAGUUCCUGAUGGACAGCACAUCAAGAUUGUCUCCCAACCUGAUGGCACCCACGCACUUCUCAUUGAUAAGGUCACCGCUGAAGACGCCGGAGAGUACGGAGUGAUAGCUAGUAAUUCCGAAGGGGAGGAAGCCAGUCAUGGAAUCCUGAGUGUCGCUGGAAAAAAGACUGAUGCACCUGAGGAGAAGCCAGCAUUCCUUGGACCACUGAGGGAUGUUAGCGUAGAGGAGGGUGAAGCUUUAUCUCUAAGUGCAGCAUUCUCCGGUAAUCCUCUGCCAGAUGUCACCUGGACAAAGGAUGGAGAGGCUGUCGAACCAUCAGACUCCAGGAUUUUAUUAUCCUGCGAUGGGAAAAAGGUAGGAAUUGAAGUAUAUCCUUGUACAGCUAAGGACGCAGGUGUCUACCGAUGUCGUCUGGUCAAUCCUCUCGGGGAAGACUCCUCCAGUGGAAUCGCAACUGUCCGUAAAAUCUACUCAAAACCAAAUUUCGCCCAACGCUUCACCGAUCUCCAGCAAUUACCAGGACACGACGCCAAGUUCGCAGCACGAAUCACUGGCAUUCCUCGUCCAGAUGUCGCCUGGUACUUCAACGAUAAACCCAUUCCCCGGGAUAACGAUAAAUAUAAGAUCAAGAGAGACGGUGAUAUAUGUUGUCUGUACGUAUCAGAUUGUUCUCCAUCUGAUGCUGGAAGAUACAAAUGUAGAGCUGUGAAUAAAGAGGGUGAAGCAUCCUGCGAGGCCACUCUAUCCCUCGGUUCUGGAACCGACACCAGGCAGAAGGUUGAACCCCCAUCCUUCCUCAAACGCAUAGGAGACUGUGAGAUAUACAAAGGUAUGACAGCCAAGUUCACAGCAUGUGUCACAGGCUGUCCUGACCCGAGCUUCGAAUGGUACCGGAACAAUGAACGACUCUGGCCGACAGAUCGCAUCAGAAUGGAAGAAGAAGGCUCCGGUCUUCUCCGCUUGAUCCUCAUGAACAUUGAUGAGCACGAUGUUGGUAAAUACAGCCUCAGGAUCUACAAUCCUCACGGCGAGGACAUCUGUCACGCUGAGAUGCGCUACGAUACCCUAGAAAUUCGCCCGAAGAAACCACUAGCCGAUCAGUAUUCGGAGUUCGAUAAGUACCGCAAGUCUGGAAUACCAUUGCCUCUUGCUGAUCGUCCAAUCAUCAGCCGGAUGAUGGACCGACAUCUGACGCUAUCGUGGAGGCCAUCUAUACCCAUUGGUCCACGCAUCCCAGUGACGUACCUCGUGGAGAUGUGUGAGCUGCCCGACGGCGAUUGGUUCACAGCUAGAUCCGGUCUUCGCAGCUGUGUCUGUGACAUCCGGAACCUUGAACCCUUCCGGGACUACAAAUUCCGGAUUCGGGUGGAGAACAAGUACGGAAUAAGUGAUCCCUCGCCGUUUGCUCAGACAUAUCGUUCCAAACUCUUACCAGAUCCACCAAAAUUCCAUCCAUACCUUCCCCCUGGCAUCGACUUCCGUCCGGAAACUAGCCCGUACUUCCCCAAGGACUUUGACAUCGAGCGACCUCCUCACGACGGCUACGCUCAGGCCCCUAAAUUUCUCCGUCAGGAACACGACGCCCAGUACGGUGUGAAGAACCACAACUGCAAUCUCUUCUGGUUCGUCUACGGCUACCCAAAGCCCAAGAUGAAUUACUACUUCAACAACGAGCUGAUCGAGUGCGGAGGUCGUUACGAUCACAGCUACACCAGGAACGGUCAGGCGACGUUGUUCAUCAACAAGAUGUUGGAGCGAGAUGUUGGGAUCUACGAGGCAGUCGCCAGUAACGAACACGGCGAGGCCAGGCAACGAGUCCGAUUGGAGAUCGCUGAAUACCCGACGUUCAUCCAACGUCCCGACGAGAGCAUCAUAAUGCUGCGGAGGAAUGGACACCUCCAAGCAAAAAUCCUGGGAGUUCCUUACCCGGAGAUCAAGUGGUACAAAGAUUGGAAGCCUCUAGCACCGUCAGCCAGGAUCAAGAUCGACUUCUUCGAGCCGGACACGUCAGUCCUCACCAUCAACGACGCCAUCCUCAAGGACGAGGGACUCUACUCCGUGAGUGCUAGAAACGUCGCUGGAUCGAUAUCAUGCUCAGUGAUGGUGCACGUCGAGGAGAACGAGCAUGAGUACGGAUACAGAACGUACACGAGGCAGACUGAUGUCAAGCCGAAAACAAAAUUAUUCGAUGAUUACUACGACCUUGGAGAUGAGUUGGGAAGAGGCACUCAGGGGAUCACCUAUCACGCGGUGGAGAGGGCAACUGGUAAGAAUUAUGCUGCUAAGGUGAUGCACGGACGUGGUGAGCUGAAGCCUCUCAUGUUCAACGAGAUCAACGCAAUGAAUCAUCUUAAUCACCGCAAUCUCCUUCGUCUUCACGAUGCGUACGAGACAGAUGGCUCCAUGACACUUCUGAUGGAGCUCGCUGGUGGAGGAGAACUGGUGGAUAGUCUGACACGAAAUCCCUUCUACACCGAGUGGGAGGUGGCCAACUACAUCAGACAGAUCUUGAAGGGAUUGGAGCACAUGCACAACGAGAGUUGGGCUCAUCUGGGUCUGACCCUGGGAGAUCUUCUGAUUUCGCACUCUGGUAGUGAUGACCUGAAGAUCGGAGACUUUGGUCUCGCUCGAAGGAUUUCUUACAACAGAUUGAUGACACUUGUUUAUGGAAUGCCUGAGUUUGUGGCUCCCGAGGUUGUCAAUGGUGACGGUGUGGCAUACGCUGCGGACAUGUGGUCUCUGGGCAUCAUCACCCACAUUCUGUUAUCCGGAAUCUCACCCUUCCGUGGAAUCAAUGAUCGUGAAACUCUGACGAAAAUCAAGAACGGCAAUUGGGACUUUGACGAGCGCUGGUGGAUGCACAUCUCCAGUGAAGCUAAGGACUUCAUAAAACGACUCCUCGUUUAUACCAUUGAGGAUCGAAUGGAUGUGUCCGAGGCACUUCGUCAUCCCUGGUUACGUAAUCUGGAUAAGCCACCGGUGGAGCCUUACAAGAUCCCCUCAGAAAAUCUCAGGAACUACUACAAAUUAUUCAGAGAUUGGUAUGGCAACGCAUCCUGCAGGAACUGGUACAGAAGGAGGCGAUUGAGCAGUGCAUUCGAACAUCCAUCGAAGAUGGUCUACCCACCUGGUGACAGGUACACUCCAGAGCCCAUCGCUGAACGCACUUACACACCAAGAGAGAAACCCGAGCCGAAGGCUUGGGAGAGCAGGGUACCAUCCAGGGAGCCUAUUGACACGGAAAUCGGAAUGUUCUCCAACGAGAGUCAUUACCAAAAUGGCCCGGAUACGUAUCUACUUCAGUUGAGAGAUACCGACUUUCCGGUUCGACUUCGGGAGUACAUGAAGGUCGCUCAUGAUCGUUGUCCCAGCUUCACGAGGAUCUACAACGACGAUGGAUACGACUGGAGAACUCCAAUAAUCAGAGAACGUCGAAGAUUCACCGACGUGAUGGACGAGGAGAUCGACGACGAGCGUAAAGCGAGGAUCAACAAUUACGGAGCGGAUUCCAACACAAUGAGACGUUUACGACACGAAUUAGGAACUCGCCUGGACUCCUACUACGAGGCUGACGCAAUGAUAGAGGAGAAAAAAGGUGGAAACCUGCCUUUCUUCCGGGAGAAGCCCCAGAUCCUCCAGAUCCAAGCUGGUAAAUGUGCCCAGCUCGCCUGCUACGCCGUCGGCAACCCCAAGCCCAAUGUCCAAUGGUACAAGAAUGACCUCGUCAUCCAGGAAGGCAAGAGGAUCAGCAUCGUCGAGGCAACUGAUGGCAGAUCAAUCCUCAGCUUCAAUCCAACUCGAGAAUACGAUGUCGGGAUCUACAAAGUUGUUGCGAGAAAUCCUGUGGGACAAACUGUCGCCAGGACGCGAAUAGUCCUGGCUACUGUUCCAGGUAUUCCCCAGGCCCCAGAGGUAUGUGGGAUAUCGGAUACGGAGAUCCUACUGCGUUGGAAGGCCCCCAAGGACGACGGAAACUCGGAAAUAUUAUGUUACAAUUUACAAUACAAAGCUGGUGAUUCUAUCGACUGGAUCGAUGUCGCCAGCAAUAUCGAUCACGAGUUUUAUCUUAUCAAAGAUUUGCAAGCAAAUACUAGCUAUCACUUCCGGCUAGCAGCUAGGAAUCGCAUUGGAUGGGGUGACAAGGGCUUCGAGACGAAUCUGGUGCAGACGAAACCAGAGGGAGCGCCGAAGGUGCCUAUCAGUCGCGCCAUGAGACAUCUGCAACAUCUUACUGAGUCCGGGCAGGUGAUCAUCCCGGAUGAGGAGAAGCCGAGGAUCAGUUAUGAUGCCGAGGAGACACCCAUCGAAUGGACUAUCGAUGCUCAAUUCACGAGCCGAUAUUCCUUCAUCUCGGAGGUCUCCCGGGGACAAUUCUCGAUGGUUGUGAAAGGUGCGGAGAAGGAGAGUGAUAAGCUGGUGGUUGCAAAAAUCCUGGAAGUUCGUCCUGAUUUGAAGGAAGCGGUCGGUGAUGAAUUCCAAGUACUGAGGUCCCUCAGACACGAGAGGAUUGCCCUUCUCGAAGCUGCAUAUUGGGCUGCCGAUUCACCAGUCGCUGUCUUCAUUCUGGAGAAGCUCCAAGGAUCCGAUGUCCUGACAUAUUUGGCCAGCAGACCCGAGUACACGGAAAACUGUGUUGCCACCAUCAUCACAGAGGUUCUUGAUGCACUUCAGUAUCUCCACUGGAGAGGAUACUGUCAUCUGGACAUUCAACCUGACAACGUGGUGAUGGCUUCUCUCAGAUCAGCGCAUAUUAAACUCGUGGACUUUGGAACAGCGAAAAAAGUAUCGAAAUUGGGAACUGAGGUGCCAUUGAAGUCGGGACAUCAUGAGUACAGAUCACCUGAGGUUCUUAAUGAAGAGUUGGCGUAUCCUCAGACUGAUAUUUGGAGUGUUGCUGUUCUCACUUAUGUACUUUUGUCUGGGGUAUCGCCAUUUAAAGGAUCUGAUGAUAACGAGACCAGGCAGAAUAUAUCUUUUGUUAGGUACAGAUUCGAACAUUUGUAUAAGGAAAUCAGCCAGGAAGCUACCAGGUUCCUCAUGCUGCUAUUCAAACGAACACCUAGUAAGAGACCAACAGCUGAGGAAUGUCACGAGCACAGGUGGCUAAUGCCAACAGAAUUUAUGAUUAAGAAACGUGAACGAGCGUCUUUCCCCGGUGAUAGACUGAAGAAAUACAACGAAGAAUAUCACGAACUCAAGCACGCCCUGGCAUCGAAGAGUGACAACUUAACGCAAGCCUUCGGAAGUCUUCGUAAUUUAAAUAGAUCAUACAGCACAGAGGAUGAAUUGAUCACAUCCGUGAAUUUAGAGUAAGGUACAAUUCAAUUAUGAUUUUCCAAAUAACGUAUUUAUUUAUUGAGAAGAUUUUUAACUAUUGACGAAUAAAGGCCACUUUAUCGAAAAUUUUCAAGUUGAACAUCUGAUAAUUGUCGUACAACGACCGAAAUUUCAAGAUUUUUUUUGUUCUCGUUUUAUUAUUUAUUUGUUGAACGUUUGAGAGAUAUCUUGGGUGGUCAUUAGCUCAUUUUAGACAUGAAUACAUGAAAAACUGUACAAAAAAUCGUUAAUCGUGGGAUGAAUUGCACGUUAAUUUAUAUAAUAAUUUUUUUUUCUUUAUUUACAAAAUGUUUCCUGGAAAUAAAGACUACAAUGCUGAAAAAUAUCAA